GUCUGAUGGAGCUUGAAAAACCCACUUUGAGAACCCGCCACACACGUACACACACUUUCAGAAUCGCCCCCAGCCGCGGACGCUCAGACUGUCUGGAAAAUGGUUGUUCAUAUUUGAUAAUAGAAUAAUAUUCCAGCCUGCGAGGGGGGCGUGCACGUGCGCGGCACCGUGCGCGCGAACGACGUGUCCGGCCGCGAGCUGAUGACGCGUCCGAAGAUUUUGUCCACGGCCGCGGCGGUGCCAGGCAAGCCCGAGAGCGGAGACGAUGGAAGAAGUCAACGUGCAAGAAAAGCUUGCUGAAUUGCUUGCUGCAGGCAACUCGGUCUCGGUCAGGAUGGCGGCUCAUCCCAAGCGGCGGCAUCACUGCACGCUGUGCGAGCGCGACUUCUCGUGCCCGUCGCGCCUCUCCGACCACAUGGCGGCGCACUUCGGCGAGAAGCCGCACCCCUGCCCCGUGUGCGGCAAGCGCUUCAGCAAGAAGAUCAACGUGAAGGUGCACCAGCGCGUGCACACGGGCGAGAAGCCGUACGCGUGCCAGGACUGCGGCGCCCGCUACGCCCAGCUGGGGUGCCUGCGCCGCCACCGCCUGCGUCACGCCCCGCAGAAGCAGCACGUUUGCGAGGAGUGCGGCCGCGCUUUCCUGCAGCGACGCUACCUGCUGCAGCACCAGCGUGUCCACACGGGCGAGCGUCCGUACGCCUGCGCUCUCUGCCCCAAGCGCUUCGCCUCCACGGCGGGCCGCUCCGAGCACCAGCGCACGCACUCGGGCGACGCCUACACCUGCGCCGUGUGCCGCAAGGUGUUCACCACGCCGUCCGCCUUCCGCGACCACGCCACGCUGCACACGGGCCGCAAGCCGCACCCGUGCACCGUUUGCAGCAAGAGCUUCAACCGGCCGGGCCUGCUGCGGAAGCAUCUGGAGAAACAUCUGGAAGACGCCGGGGAUGACGAGCAGGACGGCGAGGAAGAGGAGCGGUCGCAAGACGGCUCUUCGCCAGCGGAGCCUUCGUCCUGCGUGAAGAAGAAGAGCAAGAAGAGGAAGGCGGUCCACAAAUGCGAGCUGUGCGGGCGCGUCUUCUCCAGGCCGUACAAGCUGAAGGAGCACCUGGAGGUCCACGCCGCCACGCGGCUGCACGGCUGCUCGGUGUGCGGCAAAAGCUUCGCCAACGCCACCAACCUGAAAGCCCACGAGAAGAUCCACACGGCGGAGCGGCCGCACCGCUGCCACGUCUGCUCCAAGUGCUUCCUCAGGCCCUACGAGCUGCGCAAGCACGUCAAGACGCACGAGCGCCAGAGCCUCCUGGACCUGCCCGCCAUCCCCGCGCCCGCCGCGGCGACGACCUCGCUUCCGGUCGACGGAGAUGCGCAGCGGCCACGGGAGGAGCCGCUGCCCGGUCACCACGGCAACAAGCCUCGCAAGGGGGAGGCCGAGGACGACGAGGAGGCGGGCAAGGCGGCGAGCGCCGACGAAACCGUCAACGGCCUCAUCAACUCUGACGGCGAAGAAGAGGAUUGGAAGCCCGCCCUCAUACAAAUGGACGACGGCUCCGCGUCGGCGUCGACGGACAAGCGCGGCUGCGUGUGCCCGGUGUGCGGGCGCGACUGCUUCAAGGCGUCGGCGCUGCAGAAGCACCUGCGCAUCCACUCGGGCGAGCGCCCCUUCCAGUGCGCCACCUGCAAGAAGACCUUCACGCAGCGGGUGCACCUGAAAGAGCACCGGCGCAUCCACACGGGCGAGAAGCCCUACGCCUGCUCGCUGUGCCCCAAGACCUUCACCUUCUCCAGCGCGCUGCGCCGCCACCAGCGGCUGCACGGCGACGAGCGCCCCUUCGCCUGCCACGUGUGCGCCAAGACCUUCAAGCAGGCGGCGUCGCUCAAGAGCCACAUGCUGGUGCACUCGGACGUGCGCCACUACUGCCCCGUGUGCCACAAGGGCUUCAGCCGCCCGCUGGAGCUCAGCUACCACGUGGACGUGCACGACGCCAGCCGCCCUUAUUUCUGCCACCUGUGCCGCAAGAACCUGAGCGGGGCGCGCGCCUUCCGCAAGCACGUCAAGAGGCACCUGCUGCGAGAGGGCGCGGCCGCGGCCGCGGCGGCGGCGGGGACGCAGGGCGGGGCCGGGGCCGGCGUGCCGGGGCCGGAGCCGGAGGGCGGCGCAAAUGAUGUCGCCGCGACUGAGGACGGCGGGCGCCAGUGAUGCGCCGGCGGCCAUCUUGUCUUUCGACUCAGCCGUCAAUGUUUCCCUCCUUCAAUAAAAUGAAUCAGCAAAGCCACAUUUGAGUUUUUGAUUUUGGACGGGAAUGUAAAAGUGGUCGUCACCCGCGCCGGCAAGUGUCCGCCAACUGCCA